AAAAAAAAAAAAAAACCCUUUUUGACAAAGAGGGAAAAAAAAAGUUUUUAUUUUUAUUUGGGCGAAAUCGAUUUGACAAAAUCCCGAAUUUGAGUUGGGCAAUUUCUUCUUUUUAUCAAUCUGGGUCUUUCUCUCUGAGUCGUGAUUUGGUGUGGCCGUAAAAUAAAUAAAAAAAAACGCAUAAGGAUUUUAAGCUAUGGAGCAUCAGAACGCGGUCAAAGAAGCCCUAAACGCACUGUAUCAUCACCCGGAUGAUACAGUGCGUGUGCAAGCUGAUCGCUUUCUCCAGACCUUCCAAGGAACUCUCGAUGCUUGGCAGGUUGCGGAUAAUUUACUUCAUGAUUCUUCUAGCAAUUUGGAAACUUUAAUAUUCUGUUCUCAGACCCUUCGAAGCAAGGUUCAACGAGAUUUUGAAGAACUACCACCUGGGGCUUUUCAGAAGCUAAGGGAAUCAUUAACUACAUUGUUAAAAAAGUUCCACAAAGGCCCCCCAAAAGUUAGGACCCAGAUUAGUAUUGCUGUUGCUGCCUUGGCGGUGCAUGUUCCUGCGGCAGAUUGGGGAGAUGGUGGUAUAGUUAGCUGGCUUAGGGAUGAGAUGAAUAUGCAUCCUGAAUAUGUGCCUGGUUUUCUGGAACUCUUGACAGUUUUGCCCGAGGAAACGUUUAACUACAAAAUUGCUGCUCGUCCGGAUCGGCGACGUCAGUUCGAAAAAGAGCUUACUUCUCAAAUGGAAGCUGCACUUAGUAUCUUAACGGCAUGUUUAAGUAUAAUCGAACUUAAGGAACAGGUUCUCGAGGCAUUUGCUUCUUGGCUUCGUCUUAGGCAUGGGAUUCCUGGAGCAGUGCUUGCCUGUCAUCCAUUGGUGCAUUCAGCUCUCUCAAGUUUGAACUGUGAUCCACUCUCAGAGGCAUCUGUGAAUGUUAUCUCUGAAUUGAUACAUCACACAGCAUCACCAAGUUCUGGUGGUAUUUCUGCACAAACACCCUUGAUUCAAGUUAUUGUGCCUCAGAUUUUAAGUCUUAAGAUCCAUCUAAGGGAUUCUUCAAAGGAUGAAGAAGAUGUCAAAGCCAUUGGUCGAUUAUUCGCUGACGUAGGCGAUUCAUAUGUUGAACUGAUAGCUACUGGUUCAGAUGAAUCAAUGGUUAUUGUGCAUACCCUGCUGGAAGUUACUUCACACCCAGAAUUUGAUAUAGCCUCGAUGACCUUCAACUUUUGGCACAGUCUUCAACUUAUGUUGACAAAGAGGGAUUCUUAUAGUUCCUUGGGUAGUGAAGCAUCCAUUGAAGCUGAGAGAAACCGAAGACUGCAUAUCUUUCAGCCAGCCUAUCAAAGCCUUGUAUCUUUGGUUGGCUUCAGAGUUCAGUAUCCUGAAGAUUAUCAAGGCUUAUCAUAUGAGGACCUUAAGGAAUUCAAGCAGACUAGAUAUGCCGUUGCAGACGUAUUAAUAGACGCAGCGUUAAUCCUGGGAGGGGAUACUACUCUUCGGAUUCUCUAUAUGAAGCUUCUCGAGGCCAAUGCUCAGACAGGAAAUGAUUUUCAAGAAUGGCGUCCAGCAGAAGCUAUUUUGUUCUGUAUAUGGGCAAUAUCAAAUUAUGUGUCGGUUGUUGAAGCUGAAGUGAUGCCCCAGGUGAUGGCGUUGCUUCAAAAUCUUCCUCAGCAAGCGCAACUACUUCAGACAGCAUGCUUACUUGUUGGGGCAUAUUCAAAAUGGCUUAAUGCUGCACCAGCUAGUGUUUCAAUAUUACCAUCAAUCAUUAGAAUUCUUAUGAGUGGAAUGGGCACAUCUGAAGAUUGCGCAGCAGCUGCAGCUUUGGCUUUUAGACAUAUCUGUGACGAUUGCCGUAAAAAUCUUUGUGGGUAUUUUGAAGAUUUGUUUGCUAUCUAUUGUAUGGCUAUCAAUGGCGGUGGUGGUUAUAAAGUCUCUGCUGAGGAUUCACUAAAUCUCGUUGAAGCUUUAGGUAUGGUUGUUACCGAACUUCCUUUAGAUCAGGCCAAGGGUGCACUUGAAAAAUUAUGCUUUUCAGCCGCCUCUCCUCUAGAGGAAGCGGCGAAAGAAGAUUUGGACAAGAAGCAUGCACGUGAAUUAACUGUUCAUAUUGACCGCUUUGCCUUCCUCUUCAGGUAUGUGAACCAUCCUGAAGCGGUGGCUGCUGAGAUUAAUAAGCAUUGGGCUAUUUUCAGAGUUAUAUUUGAUGCUCGUCCAUGGGACAUGAGGACUAUGGAAUCUCUAUGCAGAGCAUGCAAAUAUGCUGUACGUACUUCUGGAAGAUACAUUAUUAAUACAAUUGGAGAAAUGCUGGCAAAAAUUCAAUUCCAUUAUCAGCAGCAUCAUCAGCCAUGUUUUCUAUACUUAUCCAGUGAAGUUAUAAAGAUAUUUGGUUCUGACCCAUCUUGUGCUGACUACUUGAAGAACCUGAUUGAAACCCUCUUUGCACAUACAACAUGUCUGAUGACAAGUAUCAAGGAAGUCACUGCGAGACCAGAUAUAGCUGAUGACUGCUUUUUGUUAGCUUCUAGAUGUCUUCGCUACUGUCCACAUUUAUUCAUUCCGUCUCCUAUAUUUCCACCUCUUGUAGAUUGCGCAAUGAUUGGAAUCACAGUGCAGCACAGAGAAGCCUGCCACUCGAUAUUGACCUUUUUAUCCGACAUUUUUGACCUCGAGAAAUCUGUGAAUGAAGAACAGUUCGUACGAAUCAGGGACAAUAUCAUUAUUCCUCCCUUGACAGAGACUGAAUCUACCAAGUUCUUACAAGCGUUGUCCGAUGUUGCUUAUGGAGCAGAUGUGAAUUCUCUGAUAGGACAUGUUGAGGAACUCUCAGAUGUUUGUCGCCGUAACCGUACUGUUCAAGAUCUUGUUCAGGCAGCUUUGAAGCCUCUUGAGUUGAAUCUGGCUGCUGCUCCUGUAUCAUAGAGAUGAUGGAAAAACAAACAAAGAAAGAAAAAAGAAAGAAGAGUGAGAAGAGCCAUUAAAGAAGGUCAAUUUUUGCAUAGACCUCUCUUUGAUGGUUUCAGAAGAUGAGAGAUUUGAUGUUUUUGUGCAUUUUUUUAACUGUUUUAGCUGUUCAUAAAGAUUUUUUUUCCCCCUUUAUUCUCUUCUGGUGUGAGCCGUUUGUUCCAUUGUUUGGCCGGUUUAUUUCCAGUGCGAAGAACCAAAAUCUUCUAUUUAAAAUUUAAACCGGGUGAUGAGAUACACAAGGGAUCCUUGACCCUUCAAGGAUCGGUAUGAUUUUGAGUGGGAUCAUAUACAAAAAGCAUCGAUUAUUUUCUGUUUCA